AACUGUUUCACCUUGUCAGAGGAGUGGAUGGGAAGGGAGGACUCACCAGCCAAUAACUACGGGAAUCUUCCCGUAAAAGGUCACGCACUGAUUAUUUAUUGGCAAUCUGCCAAAGCGCGCGCAUGUGUGUGUGUGUUUACUGGAAGAACCUCAGAGCUGAGGAGGUGGAGCCUUCGCUCUACUCGUUGACCGCGGUAACAGCUACCUCCGUUUGCUAGAGAGAGAGAGAGAAAGAGAGAGAGAGCGAGAAAGAGAGAGAGAGAGAGAGAGAGAGAGAGAGAGAGAGAGAGAGAGAGAGAGAGAGAGAGAGAGAGAGAGAGAGGACACCAACGUCUUUACCGAUACAUUCAUCCGUCGGUUAGAAGAGGCCGUAUAUUCAGAGUUAAUGACAAAGUUAAUAAAUGAUUUAACACAUAGACAUUCGGGGACUUUGGAUAUUUUCUCCCUGGAGAGGAACGCUGGAGCCCGGGACAGGAACAAUCUCCAAGGUAAAUAAACAGGCUCCAUACCCGGGGCAUAGAGUGCUGCUGUUGCUGUACAUGGUGCAUAAAAUAGCAUACUGCAUAUGUUUGGAACAGUGCACAUGUUAAGCAAUACGUAGCAAUUGCGCAAAAACAUGAUUAUCAUAACGGCGAUAUGGGAAGCCAUUUGUGCCUCCAAAAACAUCACAGGGAACCAGCUCUACUACAGGCAGCUUAAUGGCGCAAUGCAGAACAGGACUUUGCUUUCGGGAUGUAUUAUACUCAUUCUCCUUAUUCACACUCUUGGAAGGAAAUAUGCCUCAAAUAACCUUUUGGUGUUCAACAGAUUGCCACAUGCCUUUUUUUCAGGUCAAAACUGUUCCUUGAGGAACCUCUCUGAAAAAGUUAUUCAAGGAACCCCUGUGUAAAGCAUAUAACGGUAACCUUUUUGUGAUGCAAGGGGUUCAAUUUUGAACCUAUUCAAUAAUAUAUUGUAGUGGCAAUGGCCUAUCAGAAUAUUGGAGGCAUGACUUUUAGUUAUUUUUGUCCCCCCCUGUAAGAGUAAAUGUUAUUCAUGUUCAUCAUGUUAACCCUUUGCUAUAUUGAAACAUUAAAGGUUGUUCCAAGAACCCCUCAACAAACCGAAGGUGCAAAUAUGAACCCAUUGACUGCAAUAGCUCCUUGAGGAACUCCAGGUUUCCUCGAGUCAGCCUACACUCUUAGAAUUAGGGGCUGUCUGCAGUGGGUGGUCUCUCUGAGGUCCUCUUUGGACUGCUCCUCAGUGUCAUCGCUCUGGGAAACGUGUGUGCACCCCCCCCCCCCCCCUUCCUCACGCCCUCACCCUUUUCCCACAUCGCAAACCCUCUUCAUCCCUUCUUCUCUCUCUCCCUCCUGCCCCCUACUCUCCCUCGCCCCUCCCUGCUCUGGACCCCCCACCCCUCGGUCAACGAGCCGAGCGUGGGGGUCAGGGCGCCAUGGUAACCCACAGCAGGCGCGACCCCCCCCACCAUGAGCAGCAUGACCCCCCCAGAGCCCAGAGGUCAGGGGUCUCAUGUGCACCACCUGCGCUAUAAACCCUUCAGCUCACAUGCACACUACCAACAGGUGCUGUGUGCGGUGCGUAAGCUACAAGAGAGUGGGUUCUACUGGGGUGCGGUGGGGGGUCGUGAGGCUAGCUGUCUGCUCCGCUCCCAGCCCCCCGGGACUUUCCUGGUUCGAGACUCAUCCGACCACCACUACUUCUUCACACUGUCGGUCCAGACGGCCCGUGGAACAAAGAACCUCCGUAUCCACAGCCAGGGGGGGAGCUUUUACCUGCAACCUGACUCGUGCUGCACACACAUGCCCCCUCGCUUCGACUGUGUGCUCAAACUGAUUGGACACUACAUGGGGAAGGAGGGGCGAGGUGGAGAAGCAGCAGGAGGAGGAGGGGAGGCUGGGGUAAGGGCGGGGGGAUGCACGGCUGCGGCGGCAGGGGAGACUGUGGGGUCGGGGACUGGGAGUGUGUAUCUGAUACACUCAGGGGGAGAGAAGGUUCCGUUGGAGCUGCGUCGACCCCUCCCCUCCUCCCUGUCCUCCCUCCAACACCUGUGUAGGAGGACCCUGAACGGACACCUCGGGGGCUCGGCCAGCCCCGACACACACCAGCUCCCUCACACACUCAGGAACUUCUUGGAGGAGUACGAUGCCCCUAUCUAACACACACAUACACACAAAAACACACACUCACACAGUUCAGGUUUGGGGUUUUCCCCUCUAACGGUUGAGGAUAGGAUUUGGAAAGGGUAAGUUGUUCCAAAUCGAUGCCACUGCUUUCUUACCAAGGGGAGCCUAAUAUAGGUAACCAUUGAUACUCCUCCACUCCUGGACAGACCGUUAAUGGGAGUUAAGACGAGACUGGGGGGGUUAAAAGUCGUUGCCCUCUCAGCCAGUGACCCAAUCUCCCAGCGGGUGCUGUGAUUGGGUAGUCAAAAAGAUUGAUAGGUCGAUAAUGCAGACCGUGGACAUGCCACACAUACAUGCAAACACACACAGUGACGUGUGUGGCUUUAGGAGUAUAGCCAGAAGGUUGUUUGGGGUUUGUUGUGCUGCUGUGGCUGAGGUAUUGCUCCUUCUAUUGAUCAAUAGAGGCUUUCAUCUCCUCCCUUUUUUUCUCCUGUUUGACAUGUAGAAUGGGCUCAAUGGACUGUGAGAGGGAGGGAAAGGAAGCGAGAGACAAGGAGAGAGGGGUAAUGAGAGUGUCUGGAGAACAGCAGUGUGUCAAACAAAGGGGCCAAAAGCAGAGUGAAAGUGUUUGUGGUGUCGUACACAUUUCCACUGCUGUAUGCCAACUAGCAUAGCCUCAUAGGAGGGUGUGGGGGAUCAUGGCUGAAGACAACCACGAACCUCACAAACAUACACAAGACACCACGUACAUACAGCUUACAGUGCUGUGAAAAAGUAUUUCAAAUUUUCUCUACUUUUGCAUUUUCUUUUUUUUUCUCUCCCUAAUUUCAUGGUAUCCAAUUGUUUUUUAGUAGCUACUAUCUUGUCUCAUCGCUACCCCUCCCGUACGGGCUUGGGAGAGGCGAAGGUUGAAAGUCAUGCGUCCUCCGAUACACAACCCAACCAAGCCGCACUGCUUCUUAAUACAGCGCAUCCAUUCUGGAAGCCACCCGUACCAAUGUGUCAGAGGAAACACCGCACACCUGGCAACCUUGGUUAGCGCGCACUGCGCCCGGCCCGCCACAGGUGUCGCUGGUGCGCGAUGAGGCAAGGAUAUCCCUACCGGCCAAGCCCUCCCUAACCCGGACGAUGCUAGGCCAAUUGUGCGUCGCCCCACGGACCUCCUGGUCGCGGUCGGUUACGACAGAGCCUGGGCGCGAACCCAGAGUCUCUGGUGGCAUAGCUGGCCCUUAACCACUGCGCCACCCGGGAGGCCUACUUUUGCAUAUUUUUGAUACUGAAUUAUCAGAUCUUCAACCCAAACCUAAUAUUAAAUACAGGGAACCUGAGUGAACAAAUAACAGUUAUAUACUUAUUUCAUAAACACAGUUAGGCAACACCCAAUGCCCCUGUGUGUGAAAGUAAUUGCCCCCUUACACUCAAUAACUGGUUGUGCCAUCUUUAGCUGCAAUGACUGCAACCAAAUGCUUCCUGUAGUUGUUGAUCCGACUCUCACGUCGCUG